AUGGAAGGUUCUGCGAGUAGUCGGCCUGCUGCGGGGUCCCUUCCUCGCGGUGUUUCUGUGAGCGCGUCUCUCUGCCGUGCCGCUGUGCUGGCGCCUUCCCUCAGUGCUGGCGCUGCCAGCCUGCAUGCUGACGUGGACACGCAACGAUCUCGCAGUCACAGCGCGUUUGAUGCGGCUGGUGGAACGGUGGUGUUCGGAGGGGAAGGGGAUGGUGCUUCCAGGGCGUACCUGAUGGUUUUCUUUUCGUAUCGGCUUACGUCGCAAGCGCAUCGAACUGUUGCUCUAUGUGGUGCAACACGGAUACAUGUGAUGUCUGCACUUGCCAGGCAUUGGUUGGCUGCCAGGGCAGCAGUCUGCAGCAUCCAAAGGGCCCCUCUGGAGCUCUGUGCAUUGCGGCUGCAGCAAGAGGAGCUGAGGAGGGAGAUGCACGUGUUGGUGCAGCAGUUGGGGCGAGAGAAGGAUGGAGAACGAGGAAUGGAAGAAAUUCGGAGGGAGGUGCAGGUGGCGAGGGAGGAGAGAGCAGGCGAUGCGAUAAGUCUGGCUGGAAAGUUGGACGAGAUGAGUGAGCAGUGGAGGCGGGAUUUGGAUUAUCAGAUGAGCGGAUUGAGACGAGUGCUAGAAGGGACAAUGAGGGACGUGAGGGUGGGAUGGGAAGAAGGGGCGGACGAGGUGAGGAGGGUGAUGGAACAGGUUGAAGAGGUGGGGCAGCGGUGGGGGCGGGGAUUGGAUGAGGAGGUGAGAAAGGUGGUAGGGAAGAUGGAAGAUACACAGCAAAGGAUGGCGCAGCGGUGGAGGGAGGAGUUGAAUGGUGAAACGGCCUCCUCAUCCGUGGGCAGAGCGGUAGAGGAGCUGGACAGAACAAGGAGUGAGGUGUUGGUGGCAUUGGAGGCAAGGGCAUGUGAGAUGCGAGAGGUGGUGGGGAAGAUGGAAGAGUUUAAGCAUUCAUUGCUACGAGAAGUGAGGAGGGAGAGGGAGCAGGCUGAGAAGGCAAGGAGGGAGAAGGAGAGGAAAGAGAAGGAGCGGGCAGAGAAGGAGAGGAAAGAGAAGGAGCGGGCAGAGAAGGAGAGGAAAGAGAAGGAGCGGGCAGAGAAGGAGAGGAAAGAGAAGGAGCGGAAAGAGAAGGAGAGGAAAGAGAAGGAGCGGGAAGAGAAGGAGAGGAAAGAUAAGGAGAGGAAAGAGAAGGAGAGGAAAGAGAAGGAGAGGAAAGAGAAGGAGAAGAAAGAGAAGGAGAGGGAGAGGAAAGAGAAGGAGCGGGAAGAGAAGGAGAGGAAAGAGAAGGAGAGGAAAGAGAAGGAGCGGGAAGGGAAGGAGAGGAAAGAGAAGGAGAGGAAAGAGAAGGAGAGGAAAGAGAAGGAGCGGGCAGAGAAGGAGAGGAAAGAGAAGGAGCGGAAAGAGAAGGAGAGGAAAGAGAAGGAGCGGGAAGAGAAGGAGAGGAAAGAUAAGGAGAGGAAAGAGAAGGAGAGGAAAGAGAAGGAGAGGAAAGAGAAGGAGAAGAAAGAGAAGGAGAGGGAGAGGAAAGAGAAGGAGCGGGAAGAGAAGGAGAGGAAAGAGAAGGAGAGGAAAGAGAAGGAGCGGGAAGAGAAGGAGAGGAAAGAGAAGGAGAGGAAAGAGAAGGAGAGGAAAGAGAAGGAGCGGGCAGAGAAGGAGAGGAAAGAGAAGGAGAGGAAAGAGAAGGAGCGGGCAGAGAAGGAGAGGAAAGAGAAGGAGAGGAAAGAGAAGGAGAGGGCCGAGAAGGAGCAGGCAGAGCAAGCACAAAGGCAGAACGAGAGGCCGGGGGAAGCACGGAGAAUGAAGAGGAAGGCAAGGCGAGCACAAAAGGAAAGGGAGAAGGCACAGCAACGGCCAAAGCUUAGGUCGAAGCAGCUGCUGGAUUGCAUUCAAUAUUACUUUCCACCUGGGGACUACGAGUAUCAACAACUGACCGAGGAAAGGCAGAAAAGAUUGGAGAAGUGGCAAUUGGCAGAGGAUUUUGAGAAUUGUUUUGAGCGAGCACAGGGGAAGAGAGCAGGGAAUGUGGCAAAGGCGAAGGAGCGUAGUUGCUUGCCAUGCACCUGA